UCAUCAUGCAUGUUUCUCUUGUUAAAGGCUCUGUAUCCGGAGAACUCUGUUUCUGCCGACUUACUUUCAGGGGAAAUUUAUUUUCGCCCGGCUUUGUUGUAUGAUCCAUGUUUCUCUAAAUCUAAAUCGAUAUAAUCAUGUUUAGAGUGAAAAAAAAAAAGUUUAUUUUGGGGGUGUGUUUGAACGAUAGAAAAAUAAUAUUACCAAAGUUCGAAAACUAUGAAAUUAAAUAAACCUCCACUGCCUUCUUCAUCCUUGCUCUGCGCCGCGCCUCGUUCCCUCUCCGAUACUCCUCCCUCGCCCUAUAGCAUCUUUCCUCGCAGGGCAAAGGUUUCAUCCUCCACUUUCGCCAAUGCAAAGCUUGUAACUUUGAAGUCUUGUGCAGCUAAGUUUCACCUCUGUUCUUCCAUGGCCACCUCUGAUCAGCACCGCUCUCGCCACCGAGACGAAAGCCCUACAAAACCAAACAAGAAGAUGAAGAAGAAGGCAAGCCACAACCAAGAAAAGAGCCUCCUUAUCAGUCUCCAUUCAUGUUCCAAGCACAAAGACCUCUCAGCUGCGUUAGCUCUUUACGAUGCAGCCAUCGGUUCCGGGGACGUCAGACUCAGCCAGCAACACUAUCAGUCCCUUCUUUACCUCUGCUCCGCUUCCCUCGGCGACCCGUCUCUUCAAACCCUUGCCAUUGACCGUGGCUACCAGGUUUUUCAACGUAUGGUUGGUUCCGGGGCUAGUCCUAACGAAGCAUCUGUCACUUCGGUGGCCAGACUGGCUGCUGCCAAGGGUGACGGUGAUUACGCUUUCAAGGUUGUCAAAGACAUUGUUGCUGUUGGAGGCGUAUCAGUCCCACGUCUGAGGACUUAUUCUCCGGCUCUGCUCUGUUUCUGUGAGAGAUUGGAGGCUGAGAAGUGUUACGAAGUUGAAGAGCACAUGGAUGCUUCAGGUAUCGCGUUGGAGGAGGUGGAGAUCUCUGCUUUGCUUAAGGUAAGCGUUGCCACGGGAAGAGAGAGCAAGGUUUAUAGAUAUUUGCAUAAACUAAGGGAAUGCGUUGGGUUUGUUAGUGAGGAAACUUCAAAAGUUAUCGAGGAAUGGUUCUGUAGUGAGAAAGCUAGCGAGGUUGGCAGAGAUAGUGGGGGGAAUGGUUCUGACAUUGAGUUGCUUAGAGCAGCUGCUUUGAAGAAUGGGGGUGGGUGGCAUGGUCUUGGGUGGGUUGGGGAAGGCAAAUGGAUUGUGAAGAAGGGUAAUGCUAGCCCUGAUGGAGAAUGUUUGAGCUGCGGUGAGCGUUUGGCUUGUGUAGAUACCAAUGAGGAAGAGACUGAGAAUUUUGUAAAUUCUUUGGUGGCUUUGGCUGUGGAGAGGAAGGCGAAGAUGAACUCUUGUGAGCCAAUGGAGGACUUCAGUGAGUUUCAGGAGUGGCUUGAAAAGCAUGGAGACUAUGAAGCUAUACUAGAUGGAGCAAACAUUGGGCUCUACCAACAAAAUUUUGUAGAUGGUGGUUUCAGUCUACCACAGCUUGAAGCUGUAGUGAAGGAACUUUACAAUAAAAGUGGCAACAAAAAAUGGCCGCUGAUUCUCUUGCACAAGAAACGGGUCAAUGCGCUUUUAGAAAACGCUAAUCACCGGAAUGUGGUGGAGGAGUGGAUUGAUAAUAAUGUCCUAUACACGACUCCACCAGGUUCCAAUGAUGAUUGGUAUUGGCUCUACGCUGCUGCUAAACUCAAGUGCUUGCUUGUGACUAAUGAUGAGAUGAGAGAUCACAUUUUUGAACUAUUAAGUACCAGUUUUUUCCAAAAAUGGAAACAAAGGCAUCAGGUUCGGUAUACAUUUGUGAAAGGAAGUCUAAAGCUUGAAAUGCCACCUCCUUUCUCGGUUGUGAUCCAGGAAUCGGAGAAAGGUUCAUGGCACGUUCCGAUCACGUGCCAAGACGGUGAGGUUUCUUUAAGAAACUGGAUAUGCGUUACGAGACGGAGUUGAUAGAGAGAUUCACUCGAUGUUGUUGUAUUUUUUUUUGCUAUUAUUUGUAUACGUCAGCAUCAUUUUGACCAUGCAAACAAGCAGAACCUUUUGUCUUAUUUUUAAGAGUAGUUUCUCUUACGUGUUAAGUUCAAACCGUUACGAACCAAAACCAAACUGGUGUAAGUUUGUAGUUGUGAGUCCGGAAAAAGAUGCUAAAAGUUAAAUAUAGGUUUUUGACAUUA